AUGGAUCCCCUAUUGGAUCCGCUACACACCGACAAUGGGAAAUAUAGUCCAACUUUUGAGCCUUCCUACAUUCUACCCGGAAACAAUCUCACCUGGAAUCACAUUUCAGUAUGUGGAGCUGAGAUGAAGGCGAGUCAAUCUAGCUGGAAAGAUAUGUUUUCCAGGGGGAAACCGAAAAAGGUUAAACAAAUUCUGCACAAUGUGAGCGGAAUCGCGGAAGCUGGUCGUCUUUUAGCAAUCAUGGGAUCAAGUGGCGCUGGAAAAACGACGUUGCUGAAUGUGUUGACAUUGAGAAAUUUGUCGACAUUGGAUGUGCAAGGCGAGGUGGUAUUGGAUGGAAAAAGAGCGAAUAAAUGGAAACUUCGAGAAGUCUCGGCUUUCGUUCAACAACACGAUAUGUUUGUUGGCACGUUGACCGUUCGGGAACAUCUACAAUUUAUGGCCAGACUACGAAUGGGAUCCAAUUACACGAAAGCCGAGCGAGAGGCGAGAGUAGACGAAGUGAUGCAUAGGAUGGGUCUCUCGAAGUGUUCGGAUACGAUGAUCGGUGUUCCGCAUCGAGUGAAAGGACUGUCAUGCGGUGAACAGAAAAGACUUGCUUUUGCUUCAGAGAUUCUCACUUGCCCGUCGAUUCUUUUCUGUGAUGAGCCAACAUCCGGACUCGACGCUUUCAUGGCUGGACAUGUUGUGCAAUCUUUGCGCUCUUUGGCCGAUGCUGGAAUGACUGUUGUGAUCACAAUUCAUCAACCAAGCAGUCAAGUCUACAGUUUGUUUAAUGAUGUCUGCUUGAUGGCUUGCGGUCGAAUUGUGUACCUUGGAGAGGCUGAUAAAGCGAUUGAUCAUUUCGCUGACUGCGGUUUCCCUUGUCCUCCAUAUUUUAACGCAGCUGAUCAUUUGAUUCGAACGAUCGCCGUGACAAACGAUCGACAAAGAACCGAUUGCCUUCGUAAAGUGGCCGUGAUUCGAGAAGGAUUUCAAAAGAGUCCAGCUGGAAAGAGAGUAGCCGAAUUGUGUCAACCACUCAAAAGUGGUCCACCGUCAUCAUAUGGAAAGAGUGAAAAUAAGUCUCUUUUCUCCGAAUAUUCUUGGACUUCAUCGCAAAAAUAUGCCGCAAAUUACGUGGCACAAUUUUGGGCCCUCUUCUGGCGAUCGUGGAUUUCAGUGACACGAGAUCCGAUUCUUUUCCGAGUUCGAAUUGCGCAAACACUUAUUACCGCCCUAAUCACAGGUGUUGUCUAUUGGCAAACACCAGUGAACAAAUUGACGGUGAUGACUGUGAAUGGUAUUCUCUUCAAUCACAUUCGAAACUUGAAUUUCAUGCUUCAAUUCCCUGCCGUGCCUGCGAUAACAGAAGAGUUGCCAAUUGUACUCCGUGAAAACGCGAAUGGAAUCUACAAAACGAGUGCUUACUUUUUAGCGAAAAACCUAGCCGAGGUUCCACAAUAUUGUGUGAUGCCAACAAUUUACAUUUCUAUAGUAUACUGGAUGUCGGGUCUUGAGCCACACAUCACCUCUUUUCUUUUCUCAAUUUUGAUUUCGAUUCUGAUCGUCGGUGUAGCGAUUUCAAUUUCGUACGCUGUUGCAACAGUUUUCGGUGACACGGCGAUCGCUAUGACAUUCUUGCCGAUUUUCGUUAUCCCAACAAUGGCUUUUGGAGGAUUUUUCAUCAAUUCCAACGAUAUUCCAUGGUAUUUCCAGUGGCUAGCAAAUCUUUCCUAUUUCAAAUAUGGUUAUGAAGCAUUAGCGAUAAACGAAUGGGACCCAAUCAAUAUGAUUCCAGGCUGCAAUGUGACAACUCCAUUUGACUACAAUUGUCCAUCAAAUGGUCAGGAAGUGCUCGAAUCGAUCUCUUUUGCAUCAAUACACCGAUGGCGUGAUGUGCUUAUUUUAUUGGCUGAAAUCUUGGCCGUUCGUUUUGUCGCCUUCAUAGCUCUUGCCAUUCGAACGGCUCGCAAUAAA